AGUCCGAUUUGCCCAAGCGAUUUAGUUUCAACAUGGACGUAGCCCCGCCUCAAGAACUUUUUAACCCUCUGAGGGUUCCGAAUAAAAUCCUUAUGGGACCAGGACCCUCCAAUCCUGCUCCAAGGGUCCUUCGGGCUAUUGCUCAGCCAGUCAUCGGACACAUGCAUCCAGAGACCUUCCAGGUAAUGGAUGAAAUUAAGAAAGGCAUUCAAUACGUCUUUCAAACUAGAAACGAGGUCACACUAUGUAUUUCUGCGAGCGGACACGGCGGCAUGGAAGCGUUAGUCUGCAAUUUGAUCGAACCCGGUGACAAAAUUUUAAUCACGGCAAACGGACUUUGGGGAAAUAGGAUAGCUGACUUGGCUACAAGAUACGGUGGAGUCGUUAAAAAAUUAACAUCGAAAUUGUCGCGCAAUUUCAGUUUGGGCGAGAUCGAACAUGCGAUUGAGAGUUUUAGACCGAAAGUUCUGUUUACAAUUCAGGGAGAAAGUACGACAGGAGUUUAUCAGCCGUUAGAAGGCAUUGGCGAUAUUUGCAAAAGAUACCAAUGCUUAUUCGCUGUAGAUACUGUAGCAUCGCUUGGUGCAGUUCCAGUCUUCGUCGAUAGAUGGAAGAUUGACGCUAUUUAUUCUGGCUCGCAAAAAAUCUUAGGAGCUCCUCCCGGUCUGGCCCCUGUCUCGUUUAGUUCCGCAGCUGUAUCGAAAAUACUACACCGCAAAACUAUCGUGCCAGUCUACUAUUGGGAUAUAAUUCUCCUGGCUCAACAGUGGGAUUGCUUUCCAGGCAAAUCCAGAAUAUAUCAUCAUACGGUAUCCUCCAAUCUGCUAUGUGCCUUUAGAGAGGGCUUGGCAAUUAUUGCUCAGGAAGGGAUAGAGAAUGUGAUCGCGAGGCAUCAGCGAUGCGCGAGUCAACUCUAUAGAGGCCUGGAGAAGUUGAAACUCGAAUUCUUUGUUGAAGAGGAACACGACAGACUUCCAUCAGUUACAACCCUUAAAGUUCCAACCGACGUGGACUGGAACACGGUUCUUGAUUAUAUAAUGGAAAAAUACCAGCUGGAGGUUGGCGGUGGUUUAGGACCAACCGUUGGCCAGGUGUUCAGGAUUGGUCUAAUGGGCUACAAUGCCACUCCAGAAAAGGUGGAAUUUGUGUUGUCUGCUCUGCGAGAAGCAUUGGCAUAUGCAAGAACGAAACCAUCGAAAUUGUAAAUGGUGACAACUGUUGAAAAUAAAUAAAUUUUGCA